AUGCGAGAAUUACGGGCUUUGAAGGCAGACUUCAGUGAUCCCAAUUUUGACGCUUUGCUAGAGUGGGGCGAAGAGAAGAAUAGGAAGCGACAGCUGGAGAGCGCACCAACCGAAACUCCGAGGGAUGAACGAGAUAAAAUGAGACAAAGCACGCACGUCAAAAACAGUGAGGCACUGCACAAUGAG